GUAGGUAGGUUCUUGGAACCUCUAGGCGCAUGCUUGGUGCAGUCUGAUUCUUGAACGAACCUUCGUAAUCUUAGGUCACCGUUUUGGAUUGUAUUGUGCUAGUUCUGCUUGAGGAAAUAUGAAUACUGCUUGGGCUGGUACUGGCGUACUGCACAAGAAUCUGGGCGUAUGGGUUACAAGCUGAUAUGCCUACCCAUGGGGAAGCUCCGAUCCGAGGAGUUCUUUGGUUAAGUAUUGGGGACUGGCAUGUGACAGGCUAGACAGGGGUCCGUUCUUUAGGAUUUUGUCAUUGGUUCGACAUCUCUGAUCUCUCGAAGUCUAGUUAUCAACUUUGCUGUGCAGAAAUCGAUUGAAUUCAGUGCUUGCUCACUGGUUCAUUCUUGCGUUCCUCUUUAAUAAAAAGAUAAACUAUACCAUCCUUACAGUGAGCUGUGAAGUGGGAAUUUUGAGGACGUGGAUUGAGGCAGCACUUAAGUAAUGUACAUUAGCAGUAGAUGAUGGGUCUACUGGGUACUGGAUUCAAACCCAGCUAUUUUUGUCAUGGCCUUUGUGAUUCUAGUUAAAUAUACUUUUUCAGGUUGUGAUGCUUGGUUUGGAUGCGGCUGGUAAAACAACAAUAUUGUAUAGGCUGCACAUGGGGGAGGUUCUUUCAACAGUCCCAACAGUGGGUUUUAAUGUGGAGAAAGUUCAGUAUAAGAAUGUAGUAUUCACUGUGUGGGAUGUUGGGGGCCAAGAAAAACUCAGGUCGCUAUGGAAGAUGUACCUCAGUAAUUCUGAUGCACUGAUCUAUGUCGUUGAUUCUUUGGACAGAGAAAGGAUUGGAGACGCGAGACAGGAAUUUCAGACAAUUAUCAAGGACCCUUUGAUGGCAAACAGCAUAAUCUUAGUAUUCGCAAACAAGCAAGACCUGAGAGGUGCGAUGAGCACAGAUGAGGUUAGCGAAGGACUGGGAUUGCAUGAUCUCAGGAAUAGAAUAUGGCACAUACAGGGGACCUGUGCACUACGUGGUGAGGGCCUAUAUGAUGGCCUUGAUUGGCUUGCAUCCACCCUGAAGCAGCUGCAAGAAUCAGGCCAUGCAACUUCAGUUGCUGGCCCUUCCAUCUAAUUCAACAGAAGUGAACUCGUGCCUCAACCAAUUGACUCCGCAUGCUUCGAAGGCAUGUUAAUAUGCUAAGUGCUAAAAGCCCACAGGAGCUCCAGGGCAUGGUGUGGCUGCCCCCGCAGAUGGAAUUCGUUUGCUGCAUAUGAGCCAAUCCACGCGGCAGUCGCAUACCUUUCUCCCUAGAUGUUUGUAAAGCCUUAGAUGAGAGGACGUUGUGUGUAUCGACAUUGAUCUUGUCUUGUGUGUAUGCUUGAGGGCAGGUGCACGUGGUUUGUUUCGGCGAUUGAUUGUUUGUCAAUAAAGAUUUGCUCUGUGAUUCUAGCAUAUUACAAGCUUUUGGCAACGUGCUGUAACUUCAGAAUGUAUUGCGGUUCUUUUUUUUUUUAAUGAAAAAAGUGUUUGAACGA